AUGCUGGCAGCCCCCAAUGCCUUCAAUAUUGGUGAUAUCUGCCAUGAAGAUAUCUCAACAUUGGCGAUCAGUAUUUUCUGGACGGCUGGAGAGUUCUUGAUACUGAAAUUGAUCUGGGUUUCCAACAACUUGAAACACCAAGUGGGAGUCCCCUUCUUCAAGGCAUAG